AAACCGGAGUGACAGCUUGGUCAACGGUCCCUGCAUUUUGUCCUUCUCGACGGUCUAAAAUUAUGAUCUUUCCUCGCAAUUCCUUCUCACCCCUGUUCACACGUUUACUUUACCCAUUCAAUUCGUUCCAAGUAGCUUUGCGCAUUCAAUACAUAUAUUUGAGGAUGAAGUCUCCGCGGUUGACAGCUAACCCACAUGUGGAAAAAACCUCCCUUUCACACUUGGAUAUCUGUUUUUCCCUUUUCCCGAGUGCCUGUUUCUCAUUGAAAACAAAGGGUUUUCGGUUCUUUCUCCACUGAAGCUGGUGGGUUCACUGAAAAUAGCGAGAAGCAGUUCUGGGCUCUGAGGUUUGUCGCUAUGGGUUGCUGCUUUAGUGCGAGAAUCAAAGCUGAAAGCCCUCCACGAAAGGCGAGGAACUCAAGCCAUGACAGCAAAGAAGAGGAUGGUUUGAUGGGUGGAAGCAGCAAGUUCUCCACUUCCUCGGUGCCUCCAACUCCCCGAACAGAGGGUGAGAUCAUGCAGUCCUCCAAUUUGAAAAAUUUCACAUAUAACGAGCUAAGAACAGCUACAAGGAACUUUCGUCCUGACAGUAUGGUGGGCGAAGGUGGGUUUGGUGGCGUAUUUAAGGGAUGGCUUGAUGAGCAGACACUUGCACCUGCUAAACCGGGCACUGGGAUAGUCAUUGCUGUCAAGAAGCUUAACCAAGAAAGCUUCCAGGGACACAAUGAAUGGUUGACAGAGAUCAAUUUCCUGGGACAUCUGCACCAUCCUAACCUUGUGAAAUUGAUUGGCUACUGCUUAGAGGAUGACCAUCGACUUUUGGUAUAUGAGUUUUUGACCAAAGGCAGCUUGGAUAAUCAUUUAUUUCGAAGGACAUCUCAUGUUGAACCACUUUCUUGGAGCAACCGCUUGAAAAUUGCCCUUGAUGCCGCAAAGGGUCUUGCAUUUCUUCAUAGUGACAGAGUAAAAGUGAUAUAUCGAGACCUAAAAGCUUCUAAUAUCUUGCUUGAUUCAAACUUCAAUGCAAAGCUAUCUGAUUUUGGAUUGGCCAAGGAUGGACCAUCAGGUGAUCGGAGCCAUGUCUCUACAAGGGUCAUGGGCACAUAUGGCUAUGCUGCUCCUGAGUAUAUGGCCACAGGUCACCUGACAAAGAAGAGUGAUGUAUACACUUUCGGGGUUGUUCUGCUUGAAAUCAUGUCAGGCAAACGUGCGUUGGACAGAAACAGGCCAUCCAGGGAACAGAAUUUAGUUGAAUGGGCCAAGCCGUACCUUUCGAGCAAGCGCCGGAUUUUCCAAGUUAUGGAUGCUCGUAUCGAAGGCCAGUACCUGGUACGUGAAGCCAUGAAAGUAGCGAAAAUCGCAAUCCAAUGCCUGUCUGUAGAGCCCCGGUUCAGACCGACCAUGGCUGAUGUGGUCAGAGCAUUGGAGCAGCUUCUGGAUACCAGUGAUACUGGUGGCCCAAGCAGCAGCAGUACUAAUAAUGUUCCUAAACAGCACAAGAGAAGUACGAGUGAAUCUUUAAAUGGGGUUGACACUUCUAAACCCACAUCAUCUGCAUCUCAUUCCACAUAAACGGAGGUAAAUUGAUUGGAUUGAACUCAUACUUAGCUCCUUUUUUAAUCGGCUUCAAAGAAAUAGAGUUGGCCCAUUGUAUAUCUCUGAACUUGAGCGUGUCUUUUUCAAGACAGGUGAUUGCUGUACAGCUUUUUGAUUCUCUCUAUUAUUAAGGUGGGAAUCAGGGGACCUGUAGGGCUAGCGGGUUUAAAAAA